AUGACCCGGGAGAAGAAGGGCGGGGCCGUCGCUUUGGAAAGAGAGCUUCUGGCCGGAUGGGGAGCCGGAGCUGUCGAAACAUGCCUUCUCUACCCAGCCAACAAGCUCAUCUUUAGACAACAGCUCCAUGGUGUCAAGGCUGGUACGGCCGUGGCGCAAAUGCGCGCCGAAGGCUUACCCUUUCUCUUCCGGGGCCUGCUUCCGCCAUUGUUGAUGCGCUCGCUGUCGCGGGCAUUAAUGUUUGGGCUCUAUGAUCGGUUCGCCAGCCACUGCACGCCGCUUGUCAAACCGACCGUCCCACUUUGGUCGCCAUGCCACGGGUCGGCAGCCUUUCUGGCCGGUGCCUGCGAGGCAAUGCUAUGUCCAUUGGAACGAGUACAAGUGCUGCUUCAAACGCAGGCUUUUCACCAUAAAUUCGACAACACGGCCAGCGCUGUUCGAUACGUUUACUCGAAACACGGACUUCAUGAGUUUUGGCGCGGCUUCUCGGUGGUGGUCGCGCGAAAUGGACUAUCGAAUAUCCUCUUCUUUGGGCUACGCGUUCCACUGAGAGACCUCAUUCUGAAACUAAAUGGCGGUUCAACCGACGGAACUGGCGGCAAGCGUUUCGCCGCGGAGUUCAUCUCGGGUGCCGUAUUGGGAGCGUCCAUUUCGACACUGUUCUUCCCCGUAAACGUCGUGAAAAAUCGAAUACAAUCGCAGGUCGGCGGUCAAUACGCGGACGGCCUCUCCGUCCUUCGACUACUGCUGCGUGAACGUGGCUCGAUUUUAGGCCUCUAUCGAGGGGUCCACCUGAACAUUGGCCGAUCGCUGAUUGCGUGGGGCAUCACGAAUUCGGUCUACAGCGCACUUCAUCGACACCUACUAGCACUAGGAUUC